GGUCCGGAUGGGCCGUGAAGGCAGCAGCAGCAGCUCUCCUCUCUAACUGUAUCGAUGAAGUUGCUUCAAAGAUGGCGGACUUCCUGCCGUCCCGCUCCCUGCUAUCGCUCUGUUUUCCUAACUGUUUCCUCACGAGCGGAGAGGCAGAGCAGCUGCAGAAGUCUAAGGAGAUAGAUAAAUGCAUCCACCGAGAUAAAACCUACGUUAAAAGGUUAGUAAAGAUCUUAUUGCUGGGAGCGGGAGAGAGCGGCAAGUCCACGUUCCUCAAACAGAUGCGGAUUAUCCACGGAGAGGACUUCGACCAGAAGGCCAGGGAGGAGUUCAGGGCCACCAUCUACAGCAACGUUAUUAAAGGUAUCCGGGUGCUGGUGGAUGCACGGGAAAAGCUCCACAUCCCAUGGGGGAACCCGUCCAACCAGCAGCACGGAGACAACAUGAUGGCGUUCGAUACCCGUUCCGCGGUGGCCCAUGGUCGGGGGAUGGUUCAGCCCAAAGUGUUCCAGCACUACCUGCCAUCUAUCCGCGCUCUGUGGGCCGACCAAGGCAUCCAGAACGCCUACGACCGCCGCCGUGAGUUUCAGCUGGGCGAGUCGGUCAAGUAUUUCCUGGAUAAUUUGGAAAAGCUUGGGCAGUCGGACUACCUCCCCAGCCAGCAGGACAUCCUACUGGCCAGGAAACCAACCAAGGGUAUCCACGAGUACAACUUUGAGAUCAAGAACGUUCCUUUCAAAAUGGUGGACGUUGGUGGCCAGCGCUCGGAGAGGCGGCGUUGGUUUGAAUGCUUUGACUCGGUCACUUCCAUCCUCUUCCUUGUCUCCUCUUCUGAAUAUGAUCAGGUGCUCAUGGAGGACCGGCAGACAAACCGGCUGAGCGAGUCCCUCAACAUCUUUGAGACCAUCGUCAACAACAGGGUCUUCAGCAACGUCUCCAUCAUCCUGUUCCUCAACAAGACGGACCUCCUGGAGGAGAAGGUGAAGCAGGUUUCUAUCAAGGACUAUUUCCCCGAGUUCUCGGGCCAUCCCAGCAGCCUGGCUGACGUUCAGAGCUUCCUGGUCGAGUGUUUCCGCAGAAAGCGCCGCGACCAGCAGCAGAAGCCGCUCUACCACCACUUCACCACCGCCAUCAACACGGAGAACAUCCGGCUGGUGUUCCGGGACGUCAAGGACACCAUCCUGCACGACAACCUGAAGCAGCUGAUGCUGCAGUGAGGGAGCAGACCGGGACCUGAACCCGGACCGGGACUCGGACCUGAACCCGGACCUGGACUCGGACCUGAACCCGGACCUGGAGGAGAACAGGAGCAGGUUUCUCAGUGCCUUCAUGCAUCCUUCUGCUCCUGUUGAACUAAGACUGUGUAUUAAAGUCACCACUACUGCGGCCACGCCCCCCCCACCCUCCGCCUUAACGAGCUCGUUGGCUGUGACUGAGAGCCCCGCCCCCCUUUCAUUUGCUCCAGUGUUCCCAGUCUGUGCUGCUCUAACCAGUGUUACUGGGGGGGUUGCUGCCGUUUGCUCCGUCUUCCUUCUCUGAUGCAGACACUGGGUGGGUGUGUUCUGAUCCGGUUCCUCUGACUCCUCCUCCUCAUGCAGCGUGUCCCGCCUUCUCUCAGGGCUCAUCAUCAACCACUUCGCUGUGAUUUGAAGCCAAAUGGAGCCCAAAGGUUCUGAUCCGAUGUGUUUUCUGUGGGUGAACAGACUUCCUGUGCUUGAAAAGCAGAAGUCGCGCCACAUUCAGCCCGGGUCCCGUUUAACCGCCCCGAUCCAGACCCGAAUCCUCCUGUUUCCACCUGCUGACAGCGGCAGGUCAGUUUUGGACUGAAAGGGGUUCUGGUUUCUGUUCUGGACCCAGAGCCAAAGUCCUCAGCCAAGAAGAGAAGGAGAAAGUUUCCUUUUGUGACCCGUUUGUAGGAGAAGCAGCAUAGAUGGGAGACGGGGAGUUGGAGACCUGAACGUUCCCUCUGAUCCAAUAGAACCUCUGAUCCAAUAGAACCUCUGAUCCAAUAGAACCUCUGAUCCAAUAGAACCUCUGAUCCAAUAGAAC